AUGUCACGGUUCUUAAGAUUGAUCGCUUCAGUAUUGGUUAUGGCGUCUUUGGGAGUAACAGGGGGAAACAGCCAGACCUCGUACUUCGGAUGUAAAAGGGACGUAGACGGGGUUUGCUCCAAGAUUUUGCCAAGUGGUCUGGAAACAAGACUCGUAUGGGCCAUUAGGUUGCAUCGGAAGAAGAGGGAUUACGCAUGCUAUGAUGGUUUUUAUCCACAAUGUUGUAUGCAGGGUAAAUACCAGGAUAUAGACAAAGGCCCCAUGACUAUACCUUCGGGACCCGUUCCAUACUGUGAUGCCGGCGGCCAAUGAAAACCCCGGAGUCAAAUUUGAAAUUUUCGCUACUCUCCAAAAAGAAAACCCGGGUUUGGGGAUGUAGGCUCACACUCACCUCUCCUGGUUGGCCAAUGAAAGUCCAAAUUUCAACACGCUCUUCCACUCUGCUUCAGUUUUCCUGGCGAUUCUGUUCUCGAUUCUCUCCUCAUCCCUAAACCCAUCUGCUUGAUAGUUUUUAUCCUUUCUCCGAUGUCACAAGAAUGUUCUGGUUUUCAUCUUAGUCUGCUGACUUGUAUAAUGGCAUGGGCUCCACUUAUCGCAAUCCUCGUAGUCUCUGAA